CUAGUGCUUGUCCAUGAGACCACUUCAUGCAGGUUCCGGGAGAAGAAAUGCAUUGGACUAUAUGAUUUUUCAGGGACCUCAUUGAGAGCACAGGAACACCCACUUGUGUACAGACGUGUCAGAGAUUAAAUGGGUGCAAAGCUGUUUUGCUGGCCACAGGGUUCUCCUGGCAUUGCCAUGAUGCUGAGAGCCCUACUCCUUACAGGCCUUUUUAGCUGGGCCAAUGGCCAGGAAGGUCAGGCCAUGUUACCAGAAGAAAAGAGCAAAAUCAGGGACCAGAUCGUUGAGAUGUUCGAUCAUGCCUAUGGCAGCUAUAUGAAAUACGCGUACCCAGCGGACGAGCUGAUGCCCCUGAGCUGCAGGGGGAGGGUGCGUGGUCUGGAGCCCAACAGGGGAGACAUCGACGACUCUCUGGGGAAGUUCUCCCUCACUCUGAUUGACACCCUGGAUACUCUGGUGGUGUUGAACAAGCUCGACGAGUUUGAGGAUGCGGUGAGGAGGACGUUGAGGGAUGUCAGGCUGGACAACGAUGUGGUGGUGUCUGUGUUUGAGACCAACAUCCGAGUCCUGGGGGGCCUGCUGGGGGCGCAUACGAUGGCGGACAUGCUCCGUCAGCGGGGGGAGAGGAUGCAGUGGUACAGAGAUGAGCUGCUCCACAUGGCCAAGGAGCUGGGCAACAGACUGCUCCCUGCCUUUAACACCACCAGUGGCCUUCCCUACCCCAGGGUAAACCUGAGGUACGGGGUCCUUAAUCCCAUGUCACGCACAGGCACUGAGUCGGACACCUGUACAGCCUGUGCAGGGACCAUGAUUCUAGAGUUUGCUGCUCUCAGUCGGCUGUCUGGGGAGGCCGUGUUCGAGGAGAAUGCUAGGAAAGCCCUGGAUGUCCUGUGGGAGAAGAGACAGAGAGGAAGUGACCUCGUGGGCACAGUCAUUAAUAUCCACAAUGGUGACUGGGUCCGCAGGGACAGUGGUGUGGGUGCUGGCAUUGACUCCUACUAUGAGUACCUGAUGAAGGCUUACGUUCUGCUGGGAGACAACGUUUACCUGGAGAGGUUCAACACUCAUUACAGAGCCAUCAUGAAGUACAUCAGCCAGCCUCCGCUGCUGCUCAACGUGCACAUGCACAACCCCACGGUGAGCGUCCGCAGCUGGAUGGACUCCCUACUCGCCUUCUUCCCCGGCCUGCAGGUUCUGAGAGGAGACCUAAAGCCAGCCAUAGAGACCCAUGAGAUGCUCUACCAAGUCACCAAGCAGCACAAGUUUCUCCCUGAGGCUUUCACCACCGAGUUCAGAGUUCACUGGGGUCAACACCCUCUGAGACCAGAGUUUGCAGAAAGCACUUACUACCUCUACAAGGCCACAGGCGACCCCUACUACCUCAGGGUGGGCCAGUCCAUAGUGGAAAAACUCAACGCCCAUGCCAGGGUACCUUGUGGGUUUGCAGCUGUGCAGGACGUCCGCACAGGGGCCCACGAGGACAGGAUGGACUCGUUCUUCCUGGCGGAGAUGUUUAAGUACCUGUACCUUCUGUUCUCUGAGAAGAACCAGCUUCACUUUGACAUCGACGACUACAUCUUCACCACCGAGGCCCACCUGCUGCCUGUCUCCCUGUCCACCUCACAGCCCCCUUGUCGGGGCAACAACACGGAAGCGCCCACUGCCUUGGAGGAAGACCUGUUUACCUACUCCUGCCCCAGCACCCAGACCCUUUUCCCCAACAACCCCUCCUUCGCCAAGACCAUAAGGGACAGCUACAAGUACCUGACUGGGGUGGGCCGAGCCUUCCACGCUUCGCCUGUCAGGGGCAUCGAGCUGCCGCUUCACGACCACGGUAUGGAGCCUGUUGAGUUUCUGAGGAACAUGGGCAUCUCCCUCACCCCACUGAGCGAGGCUGGGGCAACAGGGACACCGGGGGAGGUACAUAAAGGUGUUUACAGGGUGAAACUGGUGGCAGAGGUGACCCAGACCACAGAGGAGGAAGAAGUAGAGCCCCUCCUUGUUCAGCUCAUAUCCCCCCCGUUUCUGGGUAGAACGGUCCUGACUGCAGGACCAGCUAAGUUUGGAAUGGACCUUACCAAGCAGGAGCACGGGGUGAAGGGCAGCAUCGUAAAGACCUCCCCUUACACAGCGUGUGGACCCAUAGAGAAUGCUGAGGAGCUGAGCGGGCACAUUGCCCUGGCACUGCGUGGCGACUGCAUGUUUGCUGCCAAGGCCCACAGGCUACAGGAGGCUGGGGCUAUCGGAGUCAUCUUCAUAGACCACCGGGAGGGGAGUAACAGUGCAGAGACGCCCCUGUUCCAGAUGGUGGGAGACGGAGGGUCCACAGCUGACAUCACCAUCCCCCUGGUGUUCCUAUUCAGCCAGGAGGGGGCGCUGCUCACCUCUGCUCUGGAGGACCACAGCAACGUAGAUGUACUGAUGCUGCCCAAAGAGAGGCGGCUAGGUAAGACAACAGACAAAGCAGACAAGCCCUUGGGGAAGAUGAACAUCAAGUUCCGCCUGGCGGAAGAGGGGGAGCUGGAAGACGGAGAGGCCAGAGGCCCCACCCUGCAGUUUGUCCUGGAGAAGGGAGAGGUAGUGUUGGAGGAAGAGGAGUACAAACAGCAAGGAGACAGCUGCUUGACACCUGGAGACGAUCAUAUGCCAUGUUUCUACAGACAAACUGCUGCCUCGCCUCCCUCCCACAGCGCCAACGACCCCGAUACAGACCCCUGAUCUCAGUUAGGUUCCUCAACCCCCUCCCACUGACCAAGGGCCUGGGCUCCCCAGCACUGAUCCCUGGUCGGUGUCCAGAGGCACGUUGAUGUGCCAGAGAGGGCCCUGCUGCACGCUCUGGACUGGACUGACUCAAAAGGGGACCUUAGCAGUGUGACAGUCAAUCCCAUUGACUCACUCACUACCCCUUUUAAAAUCUGAGGGUGGUCUCGUACAGUUGAUAGUUAUUGGAACUGCAGUAUUUAUUAAUGUAUAGGAAGGGAUGGGCAUGGGGCAGGUAGCUAGUCUUACCUUGCUACUGUAGCCUCAAGCCAACUCAGUUGUGUUGUGGAGAUGACCGAUUUAGUCAGUUGAUUGUAAGAGAGAAUUGAUAACAACACAUUUCAGAGAAAUAGCUGAGGUAAGCGUGGGAGGGGGUAUUGGGCUGAUAUAGGGAACCCACUUUGUCUGAGGCCUUGUGUUUGAGUCUCUGUACUGUAGGCUAGAUUGUGUUGAGCGGCUGCACUGAAAAUGGGAUUGCUUUACUGUCCCCUGUAACAAGUUGGUAUCCUGUCAAUUCAGUGGCGUGUGAGUGAAUUUAAAGUGUGGCUAGUAGUGUUAUUUUGAAGAUGAAUAGGUGAGGAAUGGGCUCUCCUGACCAAAGGGAUGUGUUAACACUCACAAGAAUGCUUUUAGAAAAAGGAUAAGGUGCCAUUUUGGGUGAACCGAUUAGUUAAAUUUUAUUUAUUUUGUACUGGUAGCUACAUCAGGGAAAUGUCAGAGUGAAAAAGAUGUGUGUGUGCAAUCGUUACUACACUACCAAAUCAAUACCUUUUAUCGACCUUAGUCAUGCAUGUUUCAUUUUUCAAAUGUCAGUCGGUUAUGUAAACACAAUACAUCAGUCAGAUUUCCGCAACAACUAAGAGCAUUGAAGCGCGAGGCUCAACUCCUCUGCCAUUUUGGGUCCCAUAUAAACCACGUUGUAACAUGAAGUGCAGCCGCGCUCAUACUGUGUGAGGAGAAAGUCUUGCACUGCGCUUAACUACAUUUUUGUAGUGCUGCUCGUGGCAACGUCAUGAUGCUGAGUCUGCCAGCUCUAGGUUGGUACUCUGCCGAUCUUCACCACUGCCCCUGUGCCACCAGACGGCCUAUAAUGCCAUGCACUUCAGCACACCGGCAUCUUCCUCCUAGAGCUAUCGUCAUGGUGGGACCAUACAUCCAGGGACUUCUUCCCAAGCAGCUCACAGCACAUCAAACACACCGUUGGUGUUUUGUCUGUUCGGUGUCCUCAUUGCAAACAUCCUUUGUAUGAUUCUUUGUGUGUGUGUCACUCUUUGUGUGUGCGUGACUCUUUGUGUGUGCGUGACUCUUUGUGUGUGCGUGACUCUUUGUGUGUGCGUGACUCUUUGUGUGUGCGUGACUCUUUGUGUGUGCGUGACUCUUUGUGUGUGUCACUCUGUGUGUGUCACUCUUUGUGUGUGUGUGUGUGAAUCUUUGUGUGUGUGUGUGUGUGUGUGUGUGUGAAUCUUUGUGUGUAGUUAUUUGUGUGUGUAGUUCUUUGUGUGGACAGUGAGAACAUCAGACUUAUUUUUCUGUCACCAUCUUUCUUUUUGCAUUAUGAGAUUACCUGUGUGUGUGUGUGUGUGUACCAAGAUGAGUUAAGAUGCAGCAGCCAUAACGUUUCUAUUUGUAUGAUCAGAUGCCGUCACUCACAUCCGCGUAUUGUAUCAUUCCUGAGUCUCAAUAUUGAUCUGCCAGGUGUUUUAAUCAUUUUUGCAUGGGUUUUAUAUUUAAUAUAUUUUAAGGUGUAAAAGUGGGUUAUAUUCCCAAUGUCCCUGUGGAAACAUGGGUAUGGUUUGUAUAGAGAAAGUGUUUUGUCAUGACAGAGUACAUGAUUUCUUCACAGUUAAUGUUUUGUGUAGUAGACUUCUCAUUGUUGCUGCUUACUUCACUUGAAGUCUUAAUCCACCACAGCCAUCUAUAUACAGUACUUGUUGAUUUCAAGGCAAAGUCCAUCUGUAUCUAUGGUUUCUGUGACCAUUACUGUUCACUCAGAGAAGAAAUGGACGUUAAAAAUGAUUUGUCUUUUUUGGUAUUUAUUAUGGACAUUUUGGAAAUGUUGACUGAUCGGGAUAACUGAAGCUCAAAGUGCCAAAGUGAUUAUUUCUGAUAGUAGUAUCAGAUAAUGUACUUUGUCUUUUGAGAAGUAUUAUUUGAGCGCUGAAGCACCUGAUCUUGUCAAUAAAUUCAGAAUCAUGA